AUGGCGUGCCAGCCAAGGACGGUGCCAUCGGUAAACCAUGGGCUUCGUAUCGGGACUUUCGGAGUUUCCCAAUGGAGAAAUGAGAUAGGAUCUGUUAGGGUGGAGAGUUUGAGAGGAGAAAGGAUGUCGCGGAUGGAUGAUUGGACUUCACCUCCAGUCACUAUUAGUAUAGAGUACUAA